GCGCUUGGGAACAUUGACUUUGCUGCUCAGAUUGUGCGACUGGUCGGCUGCAGCCAGGGAAAGUGUGGGAUUGGGGCACUGGGACCCCAUGUGGAGGGGAUUCAGCCGUUCCGACCCAUUGCAAACUAAUCAACGUGUCAGCUUCACCUUUCUCAUGCAAAGUAGCUGCAGCGGGGCGGGACCCACAUCCCGGGACACAGGCUUCUCCCAAACAGCUGCUGCGGCACCAGAGAGAGAGGGAGAGAGAGAGAGAGAGGGAGGAUCAUGAAGGGAGGAGUGUCGCUGCUCUCACACUCACACACACACAGGGUUCUGAUCCCAAGGAGAAGGAAGCCGACUAGGCAACAGGAGCCCGAGCAGCAGCCCCAGGUGAGCCCAGUCCCAGGGCCAGUUAUGCAGCGCUGACUCCGGCGCCAGUGAUUCGCUGUCAGCCCGGGGCAAACUUCAGCUGGCAGUUGGGCUGCGCGUUGCGUUGGACAUGGAUGUAAGUGGUGGUACCGGGUUGCUCCGCGGCACCGCGCUCCUUCUUGUCCUGGCAGCCGCUCUCUGCUCCGCCAUCAGCUCCAUCAACCCGGACAGAAGUGGAGACGGGAGGUGCCAAGCCAUCGAGAUCCCUAUGUGCAAAGAUAUCGGCUACAACAUGACCAGGAUGCCCAACCUAAUGGGCCACGAGAACCAGAAGGAGGCGGCCAUCCAGUUGCACGAGUUCGCCCCGCUGGUGGAGUACGGCUGUCACAGUCACCUCAAGUUCUUCCUGUGCUCCCUAUACGCGCCCAUGUGCACCGAGCAGGUCUCCACCCCCAUCCCAGCCUGCAGGGUGAUGUGCGAGCAGGCCAGGCUCAAGUGCUCCCCCAUCAUGGAGCAGUUCAACUUCAAGUGGCCCGACUCACUGGACUGCAGUAAGCUGCCCAACAAGAACGAUCCCAACUACCUGUGCAUGGAAGCCCCGAACAAUGGCACAGACGAGACACCCAGGGGUUCCAGCAUGCUGCCCCCCAUCUUCAGACCCCAGAGACCCAGUAGUGGCCAUGAGAUUUACCCCAAGGAUCCCACAAGCAGGAGCAGCUGUGAGAAUUCUGGCAAGUUCCACCACGUGGAGAAAAGUGCCUCCUGUGCCCCCCUGUGCAGCUCCUCUGUGGAUGUGUACUGGAGCAAGGAUGACAAGAAGUUUGCCUUUAUCUGGAUAGCCAUCUGGUCCAUCCUGUGCUUCUUCUCAAGCGCCUUCACUGUCCUCACGUUCUUGGUGGACCCCUUGCGUUUUAAAUACCCCGAGAGGCCUAUCAUCUUCCUGUCUAUGUGCUACUGUGUCUACUCCGUGGGAUACAUUAUUCGCCUCUUUGCUGGAGCCGACAGCAUCGCCUGUGACCGAGACAGUGGGCAGCUCUAUGUUAUCCAGGAAGGUUUGGAAAGUACAGGUUGCACCAUAGUCUUCCUAAUUCUCUAUUACUUUGGCAUGGCCAGCUCUUUAUGGUGGGUGAUAUUAACCUUGACUUGGUUUUUGGCUGCUGGCAAAAAGUGGGGGCACGAAGCAAUUGAAGCCAACAGCAGCUACUUCCAUUUAGCCGCCUGGGCAAUUCCUGCUGUAAAGACCAUUAUGAUUCUGGUGAUGAGGCGGGUGGCUGGAGAUGAGCUAACAGGGGUAUGUUAUGUUGGGAGCAUGGAUGUCAAUGCCCUCACUGGCUUUGUGCUAAUACCCUUAGCCUGCUAUCUUAUUAUUGGCACCUCCUUUAUCCUUUCUGGCUUUGUAGCCCUUUUCCACAUUAGGAGGGUCAUGAAAACAGGUGGGGAGAACACAGACAAACUGGAGAAACUCAUGGUGAGGAUCGGGGUCUUCUCUGUCCUGUACACUGUCCCAGCCACUUGCGUCAUCGCUUGCUACUUCUACGAACGCCUUAAUAUGGAUUUCUGGAAAAUCCUGGCGACGCAAGACAAGUGCAAAAUGGACAGUCAAACCAAAACCCUGGACUGCACCAUGACCAGCUCUAUCCCAGCAGUAGAGAUCUUUAUGGUAAAAAUAUUUAUGCUUUUAGUGGUGGGCAUCACGAGCGGCAUGUGGAUAUGGACUUCCAAAACUGUGCAGUCCUGGCAGAAUGUCUUCAGCAAGAGAUUAAAGAAGAGGAACAGGAGCAAACCAGCCAGCGUCAUCACCAGUGCUGGAAUCUACAAAAAGCCCCAACACCCCCCCAAAGUUCACCAUGGAAAGUAUGAAUCGGCCUUACAGUCCCCUACCUGUGUAUGAGCCGGGAAAAAAAACAACUUUAUUUCUGUUCUAAACACUGUUCAGCCUGGCACGCAAACCAGAGACUACACGCUAAGGGACAAGCAGUGCUUUCUACGGAAGCCUAAUAGAGAGGGACCACAUGCCCAGUUUAUUGGGACAAGCAGAACUCUAUAGUAUAUGCCUCCCCCAUGCUAUUAAUUUAUGGUCACAUGCUAAUUAAAUAGAUAAUUUAACAGUUCCAUGGAAUGGAACCUUAAGGGACUGGGGGGGGGGGGUAAAUGAAAAAAAGUUCUG